UGUCCUGCGCCUGCUGAAGCUGGCGACGAGCGCGGAAGGUCAUCCCUGUAACCAGCUCGGCUGUCGGAACAGUUGUCGCCAUGUUGUCGGUCGCCGCCCGCUCGGGCCCAUUCGCGCCCGUCCUCUCGGCCACGUCCCGCGGGGUGGUGGGCGCUCUGCGGCCUUUGGUACAGGCCUCGGUGUCCGCCACCCCGGAGCCGAUGGUGCUGGACGUGAAGCGAUCUUUCCUGUGCCGGGAGUCACUGAGUGGCCAGGCCGUGGGACGGCCUCUGGUCGCCUCCGUGAGCCUCAAUGUCCCUGCAUCUGUUCGUUACUCCCACACAGAUGUCAGAGUGCCUGACUUCACCGACUAUCGUCGUGCCGAAGUUUUAGAUAGCACAAAGUCUUCAAAAGAGAGCAGUGAAGCUAGAAAAGGGUUCUCAUAUUUGGUAACUGCAACAGCUACUGUAGGUGUCGCAUAUGCUGCCAAGAAUGUGGUCUCCCAGUUUGUUUCCAGCAUGAGUGCUUCUGCUGAUGUAUUGGCCAUGUCGAAAAUUGAAAUCAAGUUGUCCGAUAUUCCAGAAGGCAAGAACAUGGCUUUCAAGUGGAGAGGCAAACCCCUGUUUGUGCGUCACAGAACCCAGAAGGAAAUCGAGCAAGAAGCGGCAGUUGAAGUGUCCCAGUUGAGGGACCCACAGCAUGAUUUAGAACGAGUGAAGAAACCUGAAUGGGUUAUCCUGAUAGGUGUUUGUACUCAUCUUGGUUGUGUACCCAUUGCAAAUGCAGGAGAUUUUGGUGGUUAUUACUGCCCUUGCCAUGGGUCACACUAUGAUGCCUCUGGCAGGAUCAGGAAGGGGCCUGCACCUCUCAACCUUGAAGUUCCCACGUAUGAAUUCACCAGUGAUGAUUUAGUGGUUGUUGGUUAGAGACUUGGACUCAAGUCCUAGGCUUCUUUUAGUCUUCAUGUCACCUCAGAAGAAUUGAGAGGAGCUAUCUGUACUUCAAGUUGGCUAAUUUGGAAUAUUUAAAAGUUGUUAGUAAUGUAUUUACAAACAUUAUUGUGAAGUGAAUUGAAUUUAAUGUUGAAUACUUUCAAACAUUCUCUUAAUAAAACCACUACUAAACAUUGUUAAACUCAGUCAAACUUGAAAGGUACAAUGUCUUUGAUAGCUUAAUACUAAUUAAAAGUUACAGACUGGUGUACAAGA